AUGGCGUCGACACAAAGCCCAGAAAUUACAAAUUAUGGGGACGAGAUCUACUCGCGGCCUCACUGGAUGCCCCAACCUGCCUCACAACCUUCAGUUUUCCGAAGGCCGGUUCCAUAUCAAUCCAAUGAUACACCUAUAUCCGAUAAUAAUGAAUACGAACUAAAGAACAACUCAAGUGACGCGCUAAAAGGGAAACGGGGUUCUGGAGGGCCGCCGCGACAGAGUAAAUGGGGAGUAACCUGGCAAUCACCAGCUCUCUGUCUUGUGUCAUUUUUCACUGGGAUCGCUCUUGCAUUCGGGAACCACGCCUAUUUUACACGGCUUAAUGGCACUCCAUACGAAAACUUCGUUUGGGUUGGAAGAUAUGCCUUUACCAUGGCGCUCAUCGUUAAGACAUGUUUUGCAACAUCGAUUUUAAUCUGUUACGAACAAGUCGUCUGGUUGGGAUUAAAGAAUAAGGAAAGCGGGACAAGUUUCCGGGCGAUCGAUGCGCUAUUCGGGGCGACUUAUCAAGUUGUAUCGCUGUUUUAUUAUUCGAUGUGGAUUCAACAACCCCUCGCCGCCAUCAUGAUCGCUCUUCGUUGGUUACUCCCAAUCAUGUCUAUUGUGGCGCCGACGACCUUGACGGUCCAAUCUCUCGGAAGGGUCAGCUAUAUGGACUGCCAAGUACCAACGCUCGACUUAUCUGCUGUCGAUUAUAAUAGAUUCUACUUUGGCGAGAAUGAACCGCAAACCGGUACUUAUCUUGCAGACUUGGCUUUCCAGGAAUACACGGGAAACUCGUGGAAUCCCAGUCCUCUCGCCGUGAAGAUCGCCACAUUAACAGGCUACCUUGGAGAACCUGUGAGCUACCCAUCACCUUGUGGGAAUAACUGCUCCUACAGCCUUAGUUACAGCGCGGCGCUUUGGAAGUGUACCGAAACAGACCCUCAUGAUCCAAGAUCGCCAUGGGAAAUCGAAAAUAGCACAACAGUGCCUUGGUCGUCUGCUAAGGGUAGCAGCCCGUACGCUUACACCUCGAUCUAUCAGUACGUGUCUCAGGUAUCUAACACAACUGGGAAACUUUGGGUCGGCCAUAUUGUCAGGAAGGAGGCUAGCAACGACCCGAAUGCGACUUUUUGGGACGAGAACGGCGUUGAAACUUUUGUCUGCGAAGGAUAUAACUCAACUGUCUCUAUCCGACAAGAAUUUCUCAACGGCAAACAGAACUACCCACUUGUCGAAAAUAUACAGUACGGGCGAGAAAUCAACUGGACGAUGGGUAAUACAUGGGCGGGAGAAAAUAAUAUUACAGCAGUAGACCUCGCACGUCAUCAAAUCAUCUAUGAAAUUUUAUCCGGCCUUUUUACAGGAAGUGUUUACUAUGAAAGUCGGUCGGGCAAGUUGUUCACCGGAGACACCAGCAUCCUCAACAUGCCCUCGUUUGUCAAGCCCAACACGGUUAAAGCGGAGGGUGGCAAUGGACCAAACGACGAAAUAAAGAGUUCGAUAAGAGGCUUAGCGGAACAGUUGAGCUUGAAUUACUCCAUGUCGCUACUCGCUUUCCCAGAUCUAGGAGUCAGAAAUACUACGACGGCGAACUGCACGGUUACCACAUUCAGCAACGUUUGGAAAUAUGACAAGACGAAUUUGAUAAUUGCAUACUCAAUCGGUAUGGUUGUGGCGUUGGUCUCGUUGAUAGUGGGUGCUCUCGCACUCCGCCAGAACGGCCUUGUUUCCGAGAUGUCAUUCUCGCAGAUCGUGGCUACAACAAGGAAUCCUGAGCUCGAUAAAAUGAUGCAAGGGAACUCGCUAGGACGCAGCGACUUAAAACCAAGGCGCUUAUACGGAGAAAGGCUAAGGAUGGGAGAGUUGAAGGAGCAGGAUAGUGCGCUCCUGGCUAGCGGUGCUGCACACACUGCAUUUGGGCGGCCGGAGAAUGUUAGGCCUAUAAGGCGGCAGGGUUAUUACAUAUAA